AUGACAUCGUGGACACCAGGCGAUAGCGACGGAUAUGCCAUCUGGAGAAGCGAAUAUGGCGCUAUAUUACAUGUUCCAUAUGUCUAUCGGCAUAUCUUCAAGAUUGAAACACACUGGGAUCCAGUAUCUGCUCAUUACUUUUUUAAUAAGGUAUGGUUUCAUUUUCUUUUUUUGUUUUUUAAAUUCUUUUUCUAUUUAGAAUAAAA